AUGAGUAAUCACUCGUCGGAUGGGGAUGCCCAGCUCGUGUCGGACUUCGUUGGGGCUUUGGUGGAGAUAGCCUUGGUCGACUCGGCCGACAAAUGGUUCAUCACUACCUUCCGUGGGCUGUCUUCGCCAGGAUCUGUGCUUGUGCAAUGGCAGGGCCGCCCGCUCGAGGUAAAGGCGACACAGGUCAGGCUCCCUUGCAAGCCGAAGGUCGGCGACAAGGCGGAGGAGCAGCAAAUGCGGGUGAAGGUGAAUGACAAGGUGGAGGUGCAGAUUCCGGCAUCGACCUUGAAGCCGGCGUGCUACGUCUCCGCCAUUGUGCGAUCGGCCUGUGGCCCAUACUUCCUCGUGUCUCAGGAGGGCAGAGGCCGCCAGGAGGAUCUCUUGGUCUCCCACGCGCAGCUCCGCCUGCCGGGAAAGACUCAGGCCGUCAGCUCCAUGUCGCUUCAGGAGGCCGUGCUCGAAUGCCCAGGAAUUGCAGGGCCUGCGGACACUGAGCCUCGAGUAGUUGGUGAGGAGUGGCUGGAACAGCUGCGGCAGCAGUGCCAUCUGUUGGGCGUGGGGGCACACAGCCACAAGUCAGGUCUGGUCCUGAAACUCAUUGGAGACAGGACCUCUGUCGCCCGGGCGAGCAAACUGCUGCACUCGGUGCACUUUUGGAACUUGUCCGAGAUCGCCAGGUGCCGCUCGCACCAAAUGGAGCUCGAGAAGCGCCUAUCGUGCUUAGAGGGCGUCUCCCGCGAGGAAGGGAAGGUGAUCGAGUUCACGGUGGACAUGGACAUCAUGAACCUGGUCAUUGGCCGGCCGGGGUCUGGCAAGAGACUGGAAGACCUCAAGGACCAGCUCAACGUUAGCAUCGAGGUGCUCCGGUGUCCAGACCAGAGGAACCAGGCCAUUGUUCGCGUGGUGGGUCAAGAUCCAGAAGCUGUAGCAGCUGCGCAGAGGCAGCUUGAGUUCAAACGGAGAAAGAUGUCCUUCAACAUUGAGGAGAUUGGGUAUAUUUUGGGCAGGAACCUUUCUAAUAUUCGGGAGAUUGCCGAGAAGGCUGGGCUCCUGAGCCUGCGCUUGUACCCGUCGUCGUCCCAGGAUCUAGAGUUGGUCGGCCUGGCUGAGCAGUUGGACUCAGCGGAGAUGCUGAUCCAAGCCCACCUGGACUACCGGGAGGUUUACAACGAGAUGCGUGAGGAGCAUGGUGCGCUGACCCAGUCUUUUCAGGCCUUGGAAGAGGAGAUGCAGGCCAAGUGGAAUCGGAGAGGAGGGGCCCCUGCACGCCAGACGCGCGCGAGAACGCCGCCACCCACAGCCAGAAUGCUGGCAAUGGGCCGUGUGCAUAAGCCUUCCCAUCAAGAGGAGUCGCGAGGGAGCCGACGACCCAUCAGGACAUGGUCCAGCGAUUCCAGGCAUGUGUUUCUCUCAAGUGGCAAAGGUGACAGCGGCAAGGCAUCCUCGAAAACGCCGGCCAAGCCACGGGAACCGUCAGAAACUGAAGAGUCAGAAGGCAGCGAUGACGAUGAUGAUGAUGAUGACGACGACGAUGAGGAUGAUGAAGAGCUGAUUCCCGAUUCUCAACAACCGGAGAAGCUUGUUUUCAAUGAUAGCUCUGCAGCAGCACUGGACGAAGACUCGGACGACAACGAAGGCAUCGUCCCAGGUUUUAUAUUCAACAAUCGAUAG